ACAAUUUCUAAAUUUAAAAUUAGCAUGGAAUAGGAAGCAUCGAUUGUGCGAAAACUAAAUACCAAUGUGUGCAAAAUGAAAACAUUCCAAACCACAUGAUCUCAACGCAGCCAUGAUUUUCAAGGUAGGAUUAGGGGGGAAACCUCAGGCGAAAACUCUCACAGAUAAGAGCCAAAGAGAGGAGAAGAAUCAAAAAGAGGAGAAAAAGGAAAAGAAACGAUGGGAGAAAUGGGAAACAUGUGAAAAAUGUCCGGGGGACCCAUGGCUUUACUGUGUAGUGUUAUGGUGUGCGUGUGCCAUGAGUCUGAUCUCCAGUGGAUACAGCCUGUACAAGCAGCAUGGCUUGCAGGACAGGUUGUCUUUGCUGGAGGAACAGCAUCUGGCCUUGAGGAGUGCGGUCCUGGAGCCACAACAGCCACUGGUUGAGAGGCUGAGGAGGGAAGUGCUGUCGAGACCGCCCAGCUACUGGAGGCCCAGGAGAAGCAUUCGAGAUUAUGGUGACUGCGUCUGUCCACCAGGUCCACCCGGCCCUCCCGGGAAGCGCGGAAAGAAGGGCAAGAAGGGGGAUUCCGGCGAGCCCGGCCCGGCGGGUCCCAUUGGCUUGGACGGCCCCAAAGGUGAUCCGGGCCGACCUGGAGACAAAGGGCAAAAGGGAGAUCACGGCAGUCCAGGCUUUGACGUUUUUUCCGCCGUAAAGGGCGUCAAGCGGUCGGUGGACAGCUUUAGGAUGUCUCCCUACACCACCGCGGAGAUCAUUGCCGUCAAGGGCCUGCAGGCGGCCGGACACAACAUCUCCGCGCACUCCGUCAUCCAGCUCAAGGGUGAGCCUGGAGAGCCGGGGCCGCCCGGCCCGCCGGGGCAGCCCGGCACGGAGGGCACGACGGGCGCUGAGGGUCGCGGAGGACCGCCCGGCGUUCCCGGGACCCCCGGGCCCGUGGGGCCGCCCGGACCCCUCGGGCCCCUGGGGCCAAUAGGGCCGCCUGGACCUCUCGGACACAAAGGCGACAAGGGCGACAAGGGCGAGCGCGGCUUCACGACGACGCUGAAGGGCGACGCCUUCCCCACCGGCAUCAUCGAGGGCCCCCCCGGCCCGCCCGGACCUCCCGGUGCGGCGGGCGCGGAGGGCGCGGCGGGCCCUCGCGGCCCCCCGGGGCUGGACGGUCGGCCCGGCGACGCGGGCGUCCCCGGCCCGCCCGGGAAACCGGGCGAGAUGGGUCCGAAGGGCGAGAAGGGCGACUACGGCGACAUGGGCUCGCCGGGCAUGCUGGGCGCGCCGGGGCUACCGGGCCCGCCGGGCUACCCGGGCCUCAAGGGUGACAAAGGCGACAAGGGCGACUCGCAGAAGUACCGGAAGCUGAGACGCAGGCAGGGAGACGGCACUGGCUACGAGCUAUAUGGGCACACGGAAAUGAUGAUGGGCGCGCCGGGCGCCCCGGGCCCCGCCGGCCCGCCGGGCGUGGCGGGCCCGCCCGGCAUCAAGGGCGACAAGGGCGAGCCCGGCCAGCGAGGAAAGGUCGGCGAGCGGGGAGAAAAAGGAGACCCCGGCCCGAUGGGACUACCGGGGCCAGUAGGACUGCCGGGCGAGCCGGGCGACGGAGGGCCGCGGGGCCCGCCCGGACUCGACGGGAUGAAGGGCGCGCAGGGCGAGCCGGGCGCCAAGGGCGAGCGCGGGGACCCCGGCCUGCCCGGCACCGACGGCAUUCCGGGCCAGGAGGGGCCGAAAGGCGACAAGGGCUACAAGGGCGAGGCCGGCCCGGCCGGCAAGCGCGGGCGCAAGGGCGACAAGGGCGACCGCGGCGAGCAGGGCGUGCCCGGCCUCGACGCGCCGUGCCCGCUGGGGCCCGACGGCCUGCCGCUGCCGGGCUGCGGCUGGCGACCCAGCAAGGAGGCGGCGCGGGACUCGCGCGGCGGCGCGGCGCGCGACGGCGAGCCGGACGACGCCGAGCCGGACGACGGCGAGGCGGAGGGCGAGCCGGACGCGCCCGACUACGACGCGCACGACGAGCUUGACGCGCCGCGCGACUACGACGACUACGCCGACAACGCGCGCCACGAGCCGCACCGCGACUGAGCCGCAGGAGGCGAUGCUGGCGUGGCUGCGGCGCCGCCUCGAGCCCGACGCCGACAACGCGCUGCAUCCACACUAGCGCGGCGCCGACAGCGCGCCGACGCGCCCGACGCGCCCGACGCUGCGCCUAUGCCACGCCGCGCCAAUGUCGUUAAGCGGAGCACUCGGGAAAACCAGGAAGAAUCGCGAGCUGCGACACCAACGCAUCCCGGAGACUUGUCUGCGGCAGCGCCCGCUCACACCGGCCGGCAGCCACCCGCGCUCAUCCUCCACUUUACAACUUGCAGCCAGUCCCGCCCAGUGGCGGCGACCACACGCGACGACGCGGCACGUUAGUGGCCGCCGACGUCAGUUAUUAGUCAGAAGACAGUAAAGAGAAAACCACUGUCGCAUAGAUCAGCGUCCAUUACUAUGACUAGUCUCCGACCGACAGAGACCACCCCUGCGCCAGUUUUCAGUCCGACGGCCGAACUUUGCUCGCUGCGCCUGAAUAGACACUACACACCCAAACACACACUCACACACACACACACACACACACACACACACACACACACACACACACGCGCGCACAC